UUUCUUCUAAUUUUUAACCAUGUCAGUAGGCGUUUACCGUAUUCCGAUUAUAACUUAUUCUUUGCUCGAUGCAGUCUUAAAAAAACUACCAACCAGCAGAAAAGUUGCUAUUGCUAUCAAAAAUUAUUCUUUACAAACUCUUGAUAAACCUAGAAUAUUUUUUGUAUCUGGAGUAUCUCAAUUCGGGCUUCCUUCUUUUCCAGUCCAAAUGGGUGAAGGUUUGGUUUGGGGUGCCUGUAAGACUGAAUAUUCGACUAAAGGAACUUCAGGAGUUAUUGUGUACCAUAUCAAAGAUUAUAAUUUAUCUUUAGCCUUUAUGUGGAGCAUUCCAUUCACCUAUCUCUUUUAUUCAAAUUGGUGGAAUCUUAAAGUUUAUGAAGGUUUGAUCGAACCCGAUGAAGAUUUUUUUUGGAUGAUGUACUAUGACAGCCCUCAUAAAGGAGACGGCAACGCUUAUAGCGGUAAACUAAGCGGUGGUUGGAGUUAUAAGGGAACAAUGGGGAGUGAAGGUCAAUCUAUUAUCGUUGUUAAUUUUCAAGAUUAACUUGUUAAAAGACCACUCACUCUUUUAAAGAUAGUACUUUAACUAUCAAAAUAUACAAAAUUAGUAUUUUAUGGACGAAAUGUACUUAGUAUUUUUAUUUUUAAUGGACAAAAUGUAUUUUAUUUUUGUAUUUUUGGGGGCUUCUUAAAUAAAUAACAGUAAUGAUUUCA